AUGUCUCUCAUCAAGUUUUACCGCGCCAACUACUCCUCCGCCGGCAUCACCGAUGCCGUGCUCGCCGAACUCGAAGCUGCCGCCGGCCACCCGCUCGCCACCCGCAUCGACGUGUCCCUGCGCAGCGACACCCGCGCCGCCUCCUUCCUCGCCAUCAACCCCAACGGCCACGUCCCCGCGCUCGUCCUGCCCUCCUCUGGCGAGCCGUUGUGGGAAUCGGCCGCCAUUACGCUGCAUCUUGGAGAAGUGCACGGCGUGGCGGCGGGCUUGUAUCCGGACACGGCAGAGGAGCGCGCGCAGGCGGCCAAGUGGAUCGUGUGGGCCAAUGUCAAUCUGCCGAUGCAUGCGAGGACGGUGGCGAGGGUUGUGCCGGGUAUGAGCAAGGAGGACAAGGAAAAGGAGGAGGAAGAAGGGGUGAGGAGGGUGAGGGAGAUGGAUGCGGAGACGGCGAGGGGGGAGCUGGACAGGUUGUUGGGGGUGCUGGAUAAGGGGCUGGAGGGGAGAGAGUAUCUGUUGGAGAGGGGGUAUACGCUGGCGGAUACGCAUGUUUGGGCGUUUAUGGCGUAUAUCAAGAUGCUGGGCGUGGAUAUCGAGAGGUGGGGGAAUGUCAAGAGGUGGAUGGAGAGCGUGGGUGGACGGGAGCAGUUGAAGGGGUUGUGA